AAAUCGCCGACUUUUACCUUAUCAAGGCCACUAUGGGGUUUAUCAAAUGUCAAAAUUGCAUUUUUUUUUAUCUUUUCUCUUUUUCUUCAAAUUAUACUAGUCACUACUAAAGUAAUAUGUCGAUUGACACGAGCAAAUUGAAAGAAUUAUUCAACUACAAGCAAGAGGAAAACCAGCUCAAGGGCAAAAUUAUUAACGUCGUCAACCAGAUACCCUAUCACUGCUUCAUGAAUAGAGCAGAUGCGGAUGAGAGCAUUAUCGAGAAAUUGAGGCUGGCUGUCAAUAAUGCAGACCCUGAUGAUAAUGGUAGUAUGAAUGUUACGCCUAUUUCCAACCUUGAACGUAGAAGACGCUCGACUGUUGUAUCUCUCGGUCAAACAAAUAUUUGGCAACUUUCUACUAGAAAGGGCCACUCGGCCAUGUAUGCUGCUAUUGAUAGUUUGAAGAAGGAUUACCAAACUCUUUACAUUGGUAGUACAGGUGCUGUUUUAACCAUGCCUGAUAAACAAUUCGUUAAGGCAGAGACUAUUUCAGAUAGCGAUAAAGAAUCCUUGAGGCAUCUUUUACAGACAAAACACGGCAUGAUUCCCAUUUUUAUUGAAGAUAAAUUGUCGCAAGGUCAUUAUGAAGGCUACAGUAAGCAAGUUUUAUGGCCACUAAUGCAUUAUUUGAUGUGGUCCGAUAAGGUGGAUGAAGCAUCUUAUUGGGAUUCUUAUAUUAAAGUGAAUCAGAUAUUUGCGAACGAAGUGAUUAGCAAUUACAAGGAAGGGGAUAUAAUUUGGGUACACGAUUAUCAUUUGUUAUUAGUACCAGAAAUGAUUAGAAAGGUCUUGCCGAACGCACCUAUAGGCCUCUUCGUACAUACUCCCUUCCCAUCUUCUGAAAUUUUCAGAUGUCUUCCACGCCGCAAGGAAAUUUUGCAGGGAAUGUUAGGCUCUAGUGUUGUUGCAUUCCAAACAUACAACUACUCGCGUCAUUUUGCUUCCAAUUGUACUCGUAUCUUGGGUUAUGAAUAUACUCCAUCAGGUAUUUUGGCUAAUGGUGUUCUCAUUCAAUUGGAGACCUAUCCUAUCGGUAUUGAUGUUGAACGAACCCGAUAUCACUGCAAACGCCCUGGUGUCAGUCCCAAAGCAAAGGCGAUCAAAGAGCGUUAUGCUGGUAAAAAAAUUAUUGUUGGUCGUGACAAGAUGGAUCCAGUAAAGGGUGUCGUACAAAAAUUGGAAGCUUUUGAGACUUUCUUGACAGACUUCCCCGAAUGGCGCGAUAAAGUGGUACUAAUUCAGGUAACUUCGCCUGGUGUAUUGGACUCCUUAGACUUAGAAAAUAAAACAGCAGAAAUUGUUGCUCGUAUUAAUUCCCGUUUCGGGUCCCUUGAGUUCACACCUUGUAACGUUUUCAACCAACAUAUCGAUCGUGACGAAUACUACGCUUUAUUGGAAGUAGCUGAUAUUUGUCUUGUCACACCGAUCAAUGACGGCAUGAACACUGCCAGUUUUGAGUACAUCGUUGCUCAAGAAAACCAUCAUAGCCCGCUUAUUCUUUCAGAAUUCACAGGUACUGCUAGAAGUAUGGGCUCGGCUGUUAUUGUCAAUCCAUGGGACUGCAAAGAAGUUGCUCGCGCCAUUGCAGAGUGCUUGAAUUUGUCUGAAGAAGAAAAGACACUGAAAUACAAGCAACUUCAUCAAUUCGUAACAUCUCACACUGCUGCUUACUGGGCAAGGUCUCUUGUCAAAGGCUUAUUGAAGAGCCCUACGAAUGGAUUUGGUUCGACAACACAACUUGACAUUUCUAGAGUUAAUUUAGAAUACAAGAACAAUACAAAGAGGGCCUUCUUCUUCGAUUACGAUGGUACUUUGGUUCCUAUUCAGACAAAUCCUGAUGAUGCAAAACCUUCUCAAGAUGUAAUUGACGUGCUAACGCAUCUUUCCAGUGAUCCUAAUAACACUGUCUGGGUUAUUUCUGGCAGAACACAGAAAUAUUUGGAAGACUGGUUAGGUCAUAUUCCUAACCUGGGCUUAUCCAGCGAGCAUGGAUGCUUUAUUAGAGAGCCUAAUAGUAACACUUGGGUUAGUCUCAUGGAUGAUAUGGAUAUGUCAUGGCAAGAUGAUGUGAAGGAAAUUUUUGAAUAUUACACAGAGCGUACACCGGGAAGUUUUAUUGAAGAAAAACGUUGCUCUUUAACAUGGCACUAUCGUAAAGCUGAUCCGAAAUACGGGGCUUUCCAAGCAAGAGAAUUGCAGAACCAUCUGGAACAAAACGUAGUUGGUAAAUUACCUGUUGAAUGCUUGGUUGGUAAAAUGAACGUCGAAGUCCGACCCAUGCUUAUCAAUAAGGGGUUGAUUAUCAAACGCGUGAUGACACAACAUUCAAGUACUGAAUUCGUUCUAUGUGCGGGUGAUGACAGAACAGAUGAAGACAUGUUCCGUAUUCUGGAGAGAUUAGAGAUUGGAGGCAUCGAGGUUGUUCCUUUCACUGUCGUUGUUGGCUCAGUUCAAAGGAAAACACUGGCCAACUGGAAGGUGGAUUCGAGUAAAGAAUUUGUUUCCAUGUUACAAAGCUUGUGUAAUCAAUAGAAAAAGGAUAAAUUCAUUUCUUUUGUAACAAUUGCAAUUUUAAAAGCCUAAAGUUGUAUAAAAAUAAACACCAUUUUUAU